AUGAAUAGCGUCCUCAGUGUGUUAUCUGUAACGGGUAACUCUCUGGUUCUUCUUGCCAUCAACAAGACCCGAUCUCUACGCAAUCCAUCGUACUGUGUUCUCUUCAGUCUCGCUGUUGUUGAUUUUUGUGUUGGUCUCUUCGCUCUUCCAUCGUUUGUUGUUUUCAAGGCAUAUGAAUUAAAACUCUCAUCAGCAGAAUCUUUGGAAGACAAGAAGUACUACUUCGAAGUGUACUGUGCCUUUGGACUCAUUGCAGAUGGUUUUGGACUGAUGUUAUCUUUAGUCUCCGGCACUUUACUUGGUGUAGUCUCGGUAGAAAAAUACCUUGCUAUAGUUCUACACCUCAGAUAUGCUGAAGUUGUCACCAACGAGAGAGUUAUCAAGGUAGUCAUUGGUAUUUGGAUUUUUGCUCUAAGCCUUACCGUUUGGCUUUUUGCAGCUCAGAAACGUCAUCUAAAUUAUAUCACAAUAGUCACUGUCGCCAGCUUCUUUUUAGUGUUAUUCCUUGUGAUAUUCUGCAACGUAAAAAUAGCUCUGAUCCUGAGAAAACACAAAAAACAAAUCGCUGACGCGACUAAAAGCACCACCAUACAAAUGGAAAGCACCCGAGAUGCAACUAGCAUCAAAAGGUAUAAAAAGUCUGUUUCAUCGAUGGCAUACGUUAUGAUACUGUACCUCCUAUGCUUCGUCCCACAUGGUAUAACGAUGUUGAUCAAGAUUAGUAAAGAGGACUACGAUUUUGAUUCUAUUAUAGGAACUAUCAACAUAACCAUACCUCUCGUGUUUUUGAAUUCUUCUUUAAAUCCUUUGCUUUAUUGCUGGCGUUUCAGAGACAUUAGAAGUGCUGUAGUGAGGAUUAUCAAGAAAGUGUUUCGCGCAAGUCCUGAGGGCAGUUAAAAAGUCGUUUAGUUUGUAGAAUACUGUUGGUGUUUCGGCUAUAAAGUUCUAAUGCGAGACUCCGAUUCGACUGAUCUGCUUGUUAGCCGUGUUAUGACUACAUCAUCCUAUUAGGCCUCGAGAGGUUGUUUCAGGGUUCAAUGAAGUUGGUAAUCCUAGCAUCUUUUUCUUGCAAGAGCGAGACAUCUUAAAAGCCAAAUAAACUAAAGUCUUGAACAAAAUAAACAGACAGUCAAACAAACAAGUAAACUAAUCAACAAGAAAACAAACAAACAAGCAAACAAACUGCUUGAUGUCGUACUAGUAUAAGCUAACGUUUCUAGAUUUCAAGAUUUAGCGCCAUUUAUGAGCUCCCGAAAAUGGCGCUAUAUGAAUGCCAAUUUAUUAUUCUUUAAUAUUAUUAUAUUUUGGUGUGUGAACGCAAGCGACAAGAAUAACGCAUGAAAACGAGAAUAACACUUGAACUGAAUGAAAUAAAA